GACGGCGGGGGAGGAGCCGGGUCCACUGCCGGGUGGAGGGGCCAGGCGAGUGUCCUUAUCCUAGCGUUUGGGGCUCGGGCCUGUAAGCCCGUUGGAGUCGCGGCGGCGAGAACGACUGGGCCGAGCGGAGGAAGACAUGUUGCUCUUCGUGGAGCAGGUAACAUCUAAAGGAACUGGUUUAAAUCCUAAUGCCAAAGUAUGGCAAGAAAUUCCUCCUGGAAAUAGUGAUGCCACUCAAGUAACUCAUGGAACUGAAAGCUCUUGGCAUGAAACAGCAGCCACAUCAGGGUCUCAUCCUGAGGGUAAUACAGAGCUUUCAGAUGAUAUGUGUAAGGAAUAUGAAGUAAUGUAUUCAUCUUGUGAAACCACCAGAAAUACUAUAAGCAUUGAAGAAUCAACUGAUGGAAUGAUUUUAGGGCCAGAAGAUCUGAGUUACCAAAUAUAUGACAUUUCUGGAGAAAGUAAUUCAGCAAUUUCUACAGAAGACCUAAAAGAAUGUCUGAAGAAACAAUUGGAAUUCUGUUUCUCCCGAGAAAAUUUGUCAAAGGAUCUUUACCUGAUAUCUCAAAUGGACAGUGAUCAGUUCGUACCAAUUUGGACAGUUGCCAACAUGGAAGAAAUUAAAAAGCUGACCACAGACCCUGAUCUAAUUCUUGAAGUGUUGAGAUCUUCUCCUAUGGUACAAGUUGAUGAAAAGGGCGAGAAAGUGAGACCAAGUCAUAAGCGUUGUAUUGUGAUUCUUAGAGAGAUUCCUGAAACAACACCUAUAGAGGAAGUUAAAGCUUUGUUCAAGAAUGAAAACUGCCCAAAGGUGAUAAGCUGUGAGUUUGCACACAAUAGCAACUGGUAUAUCACUUUCCAGUCAGACACAGAUGCACAGCAGGCUUUUAAAUAUUUAAGAGAAGAAGUUAAAACAUUUCAGGGCAAGCCAAUCAUGGCAAGGAUAAAAGCCAUCAAUACAUUUUUUGCUAAGAAUGGUUAUCGAUUAAUGGAUUCUAGUAUGUAUAGUCAGCCCAUUCAAACUCAAGCACAGUAUGCCUCACCAGUUUUUAUGCAGCCUGUAUAUAACCCUCACCAACAGUACUCGGUCUAUAGUAUUGUGCCUCAGUCUUGGUCACCAAAUCCUGCACCUUACUUUGAAACACCACUGGCUCCCUUUCCCAAUGGUAGUUUUGUGAAUGGCUUUAAUGCACCAGGAUCUUAUAAAACAAAUGCUGCUGCUGUGAAUAUGCCUCGACCAUUCCAAAAAAAUCGUGUGAAGCCUCAUUUCAGGCCAUCGAGUGGUUCAGAACACUCGACAGAGGGGUCUGUGUCAUUGGGGGAUGGACCAUUAAACAGAUCUGGUUCAAGGAACUUUACAACUGAGCGGUAUAACCCUACAGUAACAGGGCAUCAGGAGCAAAGCUACCUUGCAAAAGAAACUCCUAUGAUACAGAUGGAACAGAAUGGGGACUAUGGUAGGGGCAGGAGAACUCUUUUCAGAGGUCGAAGACGACGAGAAGAUGAGAGAGUCCAGAGACCCCCGUCUUCAUCAGCUGAAGCAAAGGCUCCAACACCAAAGUUUGACUUACUAGCCUCAAAUUUUCCUCCUUUACCUGGAAGUUCAUCGAGAACUCCAGGUGAACUUGUUUUGGAGAGUAGGAUGUCUGAUGUUGUUAAAGGUGUCUACAAAGAAAAGGAUAAUGAAGACUUGAGAGUUAGUUGCCCAGUUUCAGCAGAGGCUGAACAGACAAACUGCACCUCUGCCCAGCAACUCAGUAUGAGUACCAGUCCUCCAUGUACAGCUGAGCUUCCUGCAUUAAGCACAACUCAGCAAGAAAAGGAUCCAGUAGAGGAUUCCACUGUUCAGAAGGAUGUUCUCAACCAGACAACUAUACCAGUUUCUUCCCCAAGUACUGCAAAGCCAUCAAGGACAAAUAGUACUUCACCAUGUAAUAGUAACAUAAAUGCACCUGUAGCUGUGGCCCUACAGGAACCCCGAAAGCUAAGUUAUGCUGAAGUGUGCCAGAAGCCCCCUAAAGAGCCAUCUCCAGUUCUUGUGCAGCCACUGCGAGAACUUCGCUCCAAUGUAGCCUCUCCCACCAAAAAUGAAGAGAAUGGAGCUCCUGAGAAGUCCAUUGAGAAAUCACAUGAGAAGCCAGAAGCAAGGGCUAGUAAGGAGUAUUCUAGCUUCCGAGGCAAUACCAUUCCCAGGGGAGCAGCUGGAAAAAUCAGGGAACAGAGACGCCAGUUUGGCCAUAGGGCUAUACCUCAGGGAGUGACUCGACGUAAUGGCAAAGAGCAAUAUGUGCCACCCAGAUCACCAAAGUAAAGAAACAAACAAAAAAAACUAUUCAAAAACUUCUCUCUCUUCCCAUUAAACUUGAGCCGUGGCUAUAUUGAACUGUUCUGGAGGGGAGGGGGUAGCCAGGAAGGAAACAGGAGAAAAGUGUCUGUCCUUAAAUCAUUAUGGAUUUUGGAGUUGUGAGCAGUAGAAUCCCAAAAUUCAUCUCUAAAGUGAUUUUAAAAUGCUGGAGGAUUCCAAUCAGUAUAAAUAUAUAUAUAUAUGUAUACAUAUAUAAAAAUAUAAUUUUUCUAUUUUUGUUUUUGAUUUUAAUUUGCAGAGAUCUUCUGCCUAGAAUCAAUUUUGAGGGUUCAGAUUUAGCUUGAAAAAAAAAAA